AUGGGAAGGGCCGCCUGCAUCCGAGCUUUUCGCAAAAAGCACAUUUUGACAUCUCCUUUGCCACUCGGACCUUUGCUAUCAGAAGGAGAAAAGCACGAUUCGCGACGGAUACGUCUCAAACUCGAGGUGCGUCUCUCCCUUGACGCGUCGCCGUCAACUCGGCGCCGGAGCAUACUGGAUCCAACUUGCAGCACCAGUGUGAUUAGACCUUGGAGCAGCUCUGGUCAUUCUCAUUGUUUCGCCAGGGAUUUUUGGAUCCGCAUUUCUGAGGCUUCUUUUCCUCUGGCGAAAGGGACGCGGCAUUUCGUUCUCGUGAAAUUGCUCGUCUGCACAACUCUCGUCGAUGCUGUGUACGCUAUUUCCAUGAUCUUCGAGGAGCUUCUUCAGGCGCAGUCAAAGCACCGCGCAUUGCCGCACUCUAAGCCGCAACAGGGCAGCGACGGUGCUUCCGACUGCCUCCACUCGCUUGGUCGGGACAAAGCCCUCUCUGCUGACCAUCCAGAAACAUGUCGGGACAAGCACCUUCCCUUCCCAGCCUGCCUUCUGGCUUCGGCACCGACUCUUCCUACCCGCCCAUGCCAGGCAGCACUCGUAUCACAGCGUCGCAACCAAAGCCGGCAUCGGCAGUGCCUGCAACUGUACCUGCUCACCAAUCGCAUCGGUCGGGUGCGCCGCCUCUGCCUCCUCUGCCGCCUGGAGCGCUUGAAAGGGAGCAGCAGCGUCUGA